UGCUUGGAGUAGUUAGGGAGCCGGGCCCAGAUCCCUCUCCGCCUUGUCCCUGCCCUGCCCUUGCGCGCCGCCGGCUCGCGCUCCGCAACUCUGCGGUAGGCUCGAGUGCUCCGUCCCGGUCUCCUGCCGCCAGCAGUCGCCAUGGCACAGGCUCUCAGAGGAACUGUGACUGCCUUCCCCGGGUUUGAUGAGCGGGCUGAUGCAGAGAUUCUCCGGAAAGCCAUGAAAGGCCUGGGCACCGAUGAGGACAGCAUUCUGACCCUGCUGACAGCGCGCAGCAACGCGCAGCGCCAGGAGAUCGCCGCCGCUUUCAAAACUCUCUUUGGCAGGGACCUCCUGGAUGACCUGAAAUCGGAACUGACUGGAAAAUUUGAGAAACUGAUUGUGGCUCUGAUGAAGCCUUUUCAGCUUUACGAUGCCUACGAACUGAAGCAUGCUCUCAAGGGAGCUGGGACAGAUGAAAAAGUGCUAACAGAAAUUAUUGCUUCAAGGACACCUGCAGAACUAACAGCCAUAAAGCAAGUUUAUGAAGAAGAAUAUGGCUCAAGCCUGGAAGAUGACGUGGUUGGGGAUACCUCAGGGUACUACCAGAGGAUGUUGGUGGUUCUCCUUCAGGCUAAUAGAGACCCUGAUUCUGGAAUUGAUACAGCUCAAGUUGAACAGGAUGCACAGAUAUUGUUUCAAGCUGGAGAACUUAAGUGGGGGACAGAUGAAGAAAAGUUCAUCACCAUCUUUGGAACACGCAGCGUGUCUCAUCUGAGAAGGGUGUUUGAUAAAUACAUGACUAUAUCAGGAUUUCAGAUUGAGGAAACCAUUGACCGAGAGACUUCUGGUAAUUUGGAGCAACUACUCUUGGCAGUCGUGAAAUCUAUUCGAAGUAUACCCGCCUACCUUGCAGAGACUCUGUACUAUGCUAUGAAGGGAGCUGGGACCGAUGAUGAUACCCUCAUCAGAGUCAUGGUGUCCAGGAGUGAGAUUGAUCUGUAUAACAUCAGGAAGGAAUUUAGGAAGAAUUUUGGAACCUCUCUUUAUUCCAUGAUUAAGGAUGACACAUCUGGGGACUACAAGAAAGCCCUCCUGCUGCUCUGUGGGGGAGACGAUGACUGAUAUGCUCCCUGGAGAGAGGGAUCCAGCUCCGUGCCUGCCAUGCCGCCACCGCCUGCCUUCUGCACAUCCAGUCGCACGCGUAUGCUGGCGUGCGACACCUUGCCUUACAAUAGUGUGCUAAGACCAAGACGUGUGUCAUAGAAGAAAACAGCCGUGCUGCUUCUUACCUUUGCUAUGUUUCUCCCUUAUUGACUAGUGUAAUGCUGCAGUGUACUUACGGUACUAAUUUCUGGGUCAUUUACAGUUUCCUUAAGGGGGCAGACUGCUUUUAGCCUUUCAUUUAUAUUCAAUCAAUAAUCUCCUUACCGUAAUCAUAACCUGCACCUUGAAAUUGUGAACUCCUAAGUGUUAUUAAUGAAGUUUGCUAUCAAAUUAAACCUGCAAAUUUUUGGUGAUUGUACUCAAAAGAUUAGUGAAAAAUAAAGAUUUCCUUCCCCUUACA